UGCUGGUAGAGCUACGUUGGACUUCUUAGUUAGAAGCAGAAUAUCAACGAAGGACAGCCCGACUGCCAAUGGGGAAUCGGUUUAGGGUAGCUCGCAUAGAUUCCCGAACUUUCAGGUCCUUUUAAGUUCCUAAACGCUAAACACUCGGUAAUUUAAACCCCACGAACCGGUGAGAAUGGAAAAUCCGGUGAGCGAAGACCAGGGCGAAAAGCUCGAAGGGUCGGAGCAGGCGAACCUCCAAGAGGCCUCGAAGACGAAUCCGGUGAACGGGUCCGAGAAGAGGGCCCAGCUGAGUCCCGGAAAGUCGAAGAGCGAGGGGUCAGGAGGGGCGAAGCCUAAACGCAAAUCCAGGUCCACCAGGAGGAGGUUGAACGCGAUGAUAAGCAACACUUCGUUGCACUUCUCCGACACGGACUCCGAGGGGGAGCUGAUGCUGAUCAGCACCCGGAUGAGAAGCUUGAGCCCGAUCAAGGCCACCGCCGUCCAGGAGGGCCCGGUUAACCAGGUGAAUCCGACCAUCUCGGUGACCUCGGAGGACGUCGACGAGAGCGUAGAGAAGAACGUAAAUUUCAACGGGCUCGGCGACAGAAGAGGCAGCAGGAGGGGCAGCUUCAUCGAGAACCUGACGGACGUCGACGAGAUCUACGCGAGCGACCCUGAAAACACAGAGAGCGGUAAAGACGGCCAGGGGAAAUUGAAGGUGCAGGACGGUCCCUGCCAGGGCGAGACUGACCUCGAAGACAUGUCCAACGACGAGGCCGAAGAGCAGUCCUUGAUUUACGUGGCGCCCAGGGCGGACAUCUUCACGGACUUCAACGGCGAGACUAUCACCACGAAAGAGGGAGAUGGGCCAUUUUCUAUCGAAGUUAGAAAUCAGAUGUCGCUGGUAGUGGCGAGUGUUGCCGGUACCGAGGCUUCCGGGACUCCCGAUAUCCUCGUCCUGCCGAACACCGAUAGCGAGGACAUGGACGCUUCCGACGAGGAGGGCCUGGAAGAGAAUGCCUGCGGAUUGAGAGAGGUUCUCGAGGACUUCGACGUCACCACCGCCUCGCAGAUCGUCAUGAGGAACGUCAAUAAAAUGGAGAGUCUGUUGGCCGUUGGAGCAGUCGCCGAGGAUGCCAUUGGCGACAGCCACACCGACAUCGAGGACGUGGACUAAACCUUUGGAGGGAAUUGCCAAAUUGAGAAGACCUGGACGACAAAAGGCCGGAAAAGAGUCGAACGACCUCGCGACUGCGUCAUUAAAUGCCUUUCAUCGGUCCAUUGAUCAGUAUUAUAAAAAAGCUGCACCGAUAGUCCUUCGAGUAUAAGCCGAAGGAAGCAAGAAGUAACCUCAGACAUUGGCACCGUCACCCUCAUUGAUUACAUUAACGUUAAUCACAAAACUUCAAAAGCACGUUCCCACGUAAUACCUAAUAGUGAACCCUAAAAUAAAAUGUACAAAAUGGGAAAUUCGAAGAAUAAAAUGGUGGCCGAGUAAAGUAUUAACGACCCCCGACAAAUU